GGACCACGGGGGGAGCAGAGACCCAGCGCCACCCGCAAGCACUCGGUGAGCCACGUUGAAGUUCAAAGGAGCGUGUUUAUCAGCAAACAAAGGGCUGCGCGGUCUCGGGUCCCGAGACCAGCUGCGGCCGCCCGGGAAGGGUAAGAGGACCGCGGUGACAAAUGGACAUUCCGCACGCGAGCAGACGGACACCCGAUCUGCGGCUCCCGGCUGCCCCACCCACCGUCUCCAGCUGCUGGGCCCACAGUCGCCGCCCGCUCUCGCGGCCGGUUCUCCACGCGCCCAGCGAGCAGCCUCGGGCGCUACCGUCCCGAGAACUUUCCCAUCCCUCGGGGAUAGGGGCGGGCGGUGGGGAGGGGCGGGUAGAUGGAGGCCUCUACGAAAUUCCUUCCCCGGACUUGGUGGGCGGCCCUUCGCAAGUGGAAGGUGGCUGGUCCCCAAGUCCAACCCCGACCCUAGGGCGCCCCGGAGAAGCUCCCGGGAGCGAGAACCGCGCGGGAGGAACAAAGGGAGCCAGCGGGCCGGAGACGAUGCUGCGCUCCCCUGCGCCCCACCCGGUCGACUCGCGGGCGCUGCCUCCUGCGCAGGUUCAUUCGGCCUCCCACCGCUUUAGGACACAAGGUGCUGACCCCAGACACCUGCCAUGAAACCACACUUGAAGCAAUGGAGACAACGAAUGCUUUGCGGGAUGUUCGCCUGGGGGCUCCUCUUCGUGGUGAUUUUCGUUUACUUCACCGACAGCAACCCAGCCGAGCCUGCGCCCAGCUCCUUCUCCUUCCUGGAGACCAGGAGGCUCCUGCCCAUGCAGGGGAAGCAGAGGGCCAUCAUGGGUGCCAUGCAGGAGCCCUCCUUGCCCGAGAGCGCGGAUGCACACAAGGGGCUGCUGGACGGACGCCCGUCGGGCCCCUUCCACAAGGGGCCCGGCGACCUGCCGACGUGGGUUCAGGUGCGGGACGGGUUUGAAAAUGACGAAGAGUUCUUUUCAUCCCAGAUCGGGAGAAAAUCGCAAAGUGCUUUCUACCCGGAGGACGACGACUACUUUUUUGCCGCCGGUCAGCCAGGGUUGCACAGCCACACUCAGGGCACGCCGGGGGCCCCCUCCCCCAGGGACCAAGGCCGACGGGACGGGGCUGACCAGGCCCACCAGGCGCGGAGAAGGCGGGCGAGGAAGAGGCAGCGGAAACCCGGAGGGAGCCUGGUCCUGGAGGACGGCGACGACGGGGACAGGCUGUACUCGUCCAUGUCCAGGGCCUUCCUACACCGGCUCUGGAAGGGAAACGUCUCGUCCAAGAUGCUCAACCCGCGGCUGCAGAAGGCCAUGCAGGACUACCUGAGCGCCAACAAGCACGGCGUGCGCUUCCGUGGCCGGCGGGUGGCCGGGCUGAGCCGCGCCGAGCUGCUGUGCGCGCUGCGGAGCCGGGUGCGGGUUCGCACGCUGGACGGCAAGGAGGCGCCCUUCUCAGCGCUUGGCUGGCAGAAGCUGGUCCCCGCCGUGCCGCUGAGCCAGCUGCACCCGCGCGGCCUCCGGAGCUGCGCCGUGGUCAUGUCGGCCGGCGCCAUCCUCAACUCCUCCCUGGGCGAGGAGAUAGAUUCUCAUGAUGCAGUUUUGAGAUUUAACUCUGCUCCUACACGCGGCUACGAGAAAGAUGUUGGAAGUAAAACCACUGUGCGCAUCAUUAAUUCCCAGAUUCUGACCAACCCCAAUCACCACUUCAUUGACAGUUCGUUGUAUAAAGAUGUCAUUUUGGUGGCCUGGGAUCCUGCUCCUUAUUCUGCAAAUCUUAAUCUGUGGUACAAGAAGCCAGAUUACAACCUGUUCACUCCAUAUGUUCAGCACCGUCAGAGAAACCCAAAUCAGCCAUUUUACAUUCUUCAUCCAAAAUUUAUAUGGCAGCUUUGGGACAUUAUCCAGGAGAACACCAAGGAGAAGAUUCAGCCCAACCCGCCAUCUUCCGGCUUCAUUGGAAUCCUCAUCAUGAUGUCCAUGUGCAGCGAAGUGCACGUGUAUGAGUACAUCCCGUCCAUCCGGCAGACGGAGCUGUGCCACUACCACGAGCUGUACUACGACGCGGCGUGCACGCUCGGCGCCUACCACCCGCUGCUCUACGAGAAGCUGCUCGUGCAGCGGCUGAACACCGGCGCCCAGGGCGACCUGCACCGCAAGGGGAAGGUGGUCCUGCCCGGGCUCCGGGCCGUGCGCUGCCCCGCGCCCAACCCCGCCGGUCCGCCCUCUUGAAGAGGGGCUCUUGAGAAUCGAUGUGCAAUAAGGUACUACUGUCUACUCUGAGUCACAGGAGAAUACUUGAAGAGAUAUUUUAGGCAAUGUAGUUUCCAGUCUGUAGACUGGAACUUAGCAGUGGCCACGAGCAUUCUUCAUUUUCUAAGCCAUUGAGUAUUUAUUACUGCUUUGAAUACAGAAAUGGAAUUUAAAAGGAAAAAAUGCUCAAGAAAGAUGCAAAAAAAAAAAAAAAAAAAAAAAGAAAACGAAUGACAAAUGGGUUUUAUACCUCCAGAAAUCUUCAUCUUUUCUCAUGCCAUGGGCGCCCCUUAUGAGGGCUGGUUUCACUGAUGUACCUGAUAUGAAAUGGUUUAUCACCCAUGUUGAGCUACCGUAUCUGAGCACCGAAUGGGUCACUCGUACAUUCAUUCAUUAUUAAAGAUCCUAGUGUGUGUGACAAGCAUGUGAAUUACCACUCAGAUGUGUUUGUUUUAACAUCUGAAUCCCUCAUUUAUGUUGAGAGAUGCACAUGUUUGCAAACUGUUGCCUUCCCUGCUCUGGUCCCCAUUGCCCACGGAAGCUUUUCUCUUUGUGUACCAGGACAGAUUUCUAAAACCAGAAAGCAUCCCUCUCGAGCAGUCCAAGAAAAAGCCAACCCUGGGAUGGCACUACGGAGGGGACACUUUUGUUUUCCUGCAGUAUUUUCUUACUCGGGCAAGUAAAUACAGAAUCACUCGGCUGCAUGGUGGCCCGGGGCCAGCAUGUUCCCAGCUCCAGCUUUCCUGCAUUGUACCCCUCAGCUGCCAGUCAUCCCCACAGCCCUUACACAGUUACACCCACGGACACUUGCGACCCCCUCCCCCAGGCGGGAGGGCUCCUUCCAGUCUAGAAGGAGGGAACUCGGAGCCUUCACUCAGCACUUCUGGGGAUGCACACCCAUCUCUUUCGUGGAGAUUUCUUUCAGGUAAAUAUCAGCUGCUGGAAGCCCAGCAACGGUGUACUAGAUUUUCACUCUGCAGACAGAUACUGAGGAACCCUGUCCCUGUUUUCACAGAUAUAUUUUAUGUCAGCAACAUAUAAGCCAUAUAAUUAAAUAAAAUUGUGUGAAAGCGUUGCUCUUUAACAACAGGGAAAAUACCUGCAUGCUUGAGAGGUAAAGGCAGCUAGAGGGGAGGAAGUUGUCAUCCCAAUACGUUAGCUAUAUUCAGAUCAGUUUUGUUUGGUUUUUAAUCUUAACUUUCAUCACUGAUACAUUGAAAAACAAUUUUUUUGCUAUGAAUGUAGUGAAACAGAAACAUUAAACAUGCUAUCUUUCUAUGUAACCAAAACAUAGCAGUACAGGUAAGACUUUUUAAAUCAAAUAUGUUCUCCCUUGCAAGUGCAUGAAUGUCAGCAGAGUUUAGUGGGAAAGUUUUUUUGUUCCAGGAUUGGUUUUUUCCUGAGUGCUCUCAAAACUACUUUCUUGAGCAAGAAUGGUUCACAGAAAUUGACAGCUUCUGUUUGGUGAGUGUAACUUCCCAGAAAUCAGGUUGGGUAACAGGCAUCUCCUACGGCUUAUUAUAAUAGUGAAGUAUAGGAGUAAUAGAAAAGUUUCAAUCAUGACAGCAUCCACUAGAAGCCCAUUUUGAGAGCUUUCUUUCCAGAUCUAUGAGAAGAAAUCAAUAAUUUUUUUCCUACACAUUAGCUUAUGUGUGGACUGACACAGUCAAGCCACUUUUCUCUCUGGUUUCCUGAAAGAGUUUAGUCUUGUCCCCACGUUGUAGUGAAUAAGGAGUUCAAUUGUGAGGUAGCUAAGAGCCUGGUGAGCAGUCCUUCCAUGGCCUUGCUUCUAUAUGAACCUUCUAGCUCUGCCUUCAAAUGUCCAUGACACUGAAGUUCUUUUGAUAGUCUUCUUGGUGGAUUUCCUUUGGACCUUAUUACCCAGGACAGCCCCCUUUGGUGACAUAAGAGCUUGGUUAGAGGAAAAUUCAUUGGGGGUCAAUAUAAAUAUUCAAGUUCAAAAGCCCCAGAAAACACUUCAAAGAUUUUUAAAUAGCAUUUUGUUGUAACACAUGUACUUUUAAAAAGUCCUUUCAGUCUCACUGACGUUACAAGAAAGACUGAAGAGCAUAAAGGAAAUCUAAUUAAAAUUUUUGAAUUUAUUAUGGCCUUAAAGACUCUUGGGAAUCAGGGUCUGUUAAAUAUUCAGAAAAUGUGGUACACAUAUUAAUAUAGCAUGGCUGGGCAUCCUUCUAUUUGAAAGUUUAAAUUGUUUAGCCUCCCAAAAAUAUCAGGCAGUUAUAGUUAACAUGAUGACUGCGUCUGGUAUUAGCGGAAUCGGUCCUAAGUGGCAGUGUUUGGCCAGGCAUUGAUUAAGUCCUUCUAGGCUACAUUUACAGAACUGCAGUAAGCCCGCAGCUCUUCCCUGGAGUAGUUAACCAUAAAUGCUGUCCUAGUGCAUUUCUCCCAGGCUCUGCCCCUCCCAAAUGCUCCAUCCACUUCUGGAAGGGAUGCUGAUACAGUCUUUAAGGUGCAACCGAAGCCAUUAGGUGUCCCAAGAUAAUAUCACCCCAUUUUUGUGGUGGUUGUUGUUAUCACAAAGAAACGAG